AUGUCAUUAUCGGACUUUCAACAGACUGACGGUCAAACUGAGCGCGUUAAUUGCGACUUCGAGGACGUUCUUCGUAGUGCCUACGUUGAGACGCCGAGGCGAGGGAGCGCCAUGCUGCCACUUGUGGAGUUUGCUCUGAAGAUUGUCAUGCAUGUGUCUACCGGCUACACGCUGUUCUACAUGAACGAGCUCGUUCAUCCACGCGCCCCGCUGACGCCCCUAUCAUAUGGCGCAGGUUUUGGUGAUGGAGGAAUAGCCGAGCGGCUAGCUAAUGUCAACCUUCUCACUGUGCGUAAAGAAGUCGAUGACUUCUUGUUUACCAAACUGAGUGUCUUACGACACGUUCGUGAUGCGAUGGCUGAAAGCCAAGGCAUGCAGAAAGAAUGUGCAGACGGAAGAAGCAGAAGAAAUGUGGAGAAUUUUGAGAAUCGAGACCUGGUCUUAUUGAAUGCUAAAAUACUUCCUACACAUGCGGUUUCUGCUGUCGCUAAGACGAAGCUCCUUUUAUGGUUUAUCGAACCUUUUGAGGUCGUGGCCAAGCAAGGCCUUGCGUAUACGCUAAACCUUCCGAGAAGGAUGCGGACCCACCCGGUGCUUUAUGUGGGCUCGCUCAAGCCGAAUCGGGAUCCGGCGCAAGUGAACGCGGAAGCGUUAGUGCCAGGGCGGCGCCCAACGGCGCUCGGCCACCCAGAAGCUGAACCAGCUACUGGUUUCGAGCACGAAGUGCAAUGA